AAUCUAUCUAUAAAACGCUCGCUUUGGCUGCUGGCUACUCGCCCGUGUCUCUUGCAACAGCUAGCUAGCCACAAGCUCUCGAUCGAUGUCGUCGUCGUCGUCGUCGAUGGACUGCGUCAUCUCCUCCUCAAAGGACAACGAGAAGGAGAUCACGCCUCCACCGCUCAACGGGGCGGCGGCGUGGUGGACGGGGGACACGGUGGCGGUGGUGACGGGCGCGAACCGCGGCAUCGGGCACGCGCUGGCGGCGCACCUGGCCGAGCAGGGCCUGUGCGUGGUGGUGACGGCGCGGGACGAGGCGCGGGGGCAGGCCGCCGCGGCCGCGCUCCGCCACGGCGCGGGACCCCCGCGGGGCGCCGUGCGGUUCCGCCGCCUCGACGUCGCCGACCCGGCAUCCAUCGCCGCCUUCGCGUCCUGGCUGCGCGACGAGCUCGGCGGCCUCGACAUCCUGGUGAACAAUGCCGCGGUGUCGUUCAACGAGAUGGACACCAACUCCGUGGAGCACGCGGAGACGGUCCUCCGGACCAACUUCUACGGGGCCAAGAUGCUCACCGAGGCGCUCCUGCCACUGUUCCGCCGCUCGCCGGCGACCAGCAGCCGGAUCCUCAACGUUAGCUCCCAGCUUGGUCUGCUCAACAAGGUGAAGGACCCGCAGCUGCGGAGCAUGCUGCUGGACGAGGCGGCGCUGACGGAGGGCGACAUCGAGGGGAUGGCGUCGCGGUUCCUGGCGCAGGUGGCGGACGGCACCUGGCGCGGCCGCGGGUGGCCAGAGGUGUGGACGGACUACGCCGUCUCCAAGCUGGCACUCAACGCCUACUCCCGCCUGCUGGCCUCCAGGCUGGCCGGCCGCGGGGUCAGCGUCAACUGCUUCUGCCCCGGCUUCACGCGCACCCACAUGACGCGGGGCCUCGGCAACCGCACCGCCGACGAGGCCGGACGCGUCGCCGCGGGCCUCGCGCUGCUCCCGCCCCUCCACCUGCCCACCGGCAAGUUCUUCAAAUGGCGCACGCCGCAGCUCUACUCCAAGCUCUGAGUUGCCACGCGCGUUCACGUGCGGGGGUCGCUGGGUUGGGGGUUGCUGCAGCCUGCAUACAGCUGCACCCGGUCGGUGCACUGUGAUACGCAGAUCAUGGUGAAUACCGGCCCCCUUUUCUUUUUUUUUUCUUUAAUUAGGAUGCAUAUGAACGUCUUAUUCCUCGCAAAAAAAUAAUAACGUACGUCUCUCUCCGCAUUUUGCUACAUGCACAUUUUUAGGCGUAA